UUAUAAUUCCCACAGAUACAUUGGCCUCAUACCAUCUUCCGAGUCCUUCCUUCCCCCUCCACCAGUAUCAACACCAGUGAAUCGCUAACCGCUCAAACGCUUGAACACUAUGGCUGAAGUCGCUUCUCCACCUGCCACCAUCGAGAUCAACGAAGCGUUGUUCUGUUCUCAUUUCAAAGAAAUCUGCGAGGAAUGUAGCUACGACGGAAGAGAAGAGAACGAUUCUUUCUUUGGGUUCGAUUUCAUCGAUAGAGAUCCAAUCGAGCCACCUGCGACGACACAGAACAAGGAUGGAGUGUAUCAGUGUAAGAAGCAUGGAUCUGCUGGUUGCACUCAAUGUUUUGGAUGGAAGAAGCAAAUUACCAGAUUACGUACGGCUGCUAAGAAGGCGGGGAAGAAGUAAUUAGAAAGAGAUAUCGAAAAUGGUUGAUGGUAGAGAGGAAGCGGAAACGGAAUGCGUUCGAUUCCCACUCGGAACGGUGUUCGAGAUUGUAAAGAAAGGGGGGAAGAUGUAGUUUGUAUGUAUCCAUCUGAACACGAACAUAUUCAAGGACACAAAUCAGACCCUUGCUUGCGUC